ACCGGUUGGACGAGAUCUUGGCAGCAGCACAGCAGUCGAUCGCCAAUGAGACGGGCAGCGUUCAACCCAGCGCCCCCCCGACACGGCCACCCCCCCGCACCUACUACGGGGCAGAGACGCUGUACGGGCAGCCGGGCAUGUCCGUGAUGGCAGCGCCCAUCAGCUUCGACCGCCCCUACCUGGCAGCUCAGCAGGGAAUGAUGCGACAGAAAUCCAUGGGAGCCUCUGAAGAGGAGAAGCAGUUCUUGUUGCCCCCGGCCUUCAAGUUUGCCCGCAGCCUGUCGGUGCCGAGUGCUGACGACAUCCCACCUCCCCCCACCACCGCUCCCCCCGACCCCCCCUUCAACCUGCCCCAGCCCCGCUCAGGCCCCCCACCCCCUCCCGCGGCCCCUGCCCCUCCCUCCGCCCGCCCCGCAUUCAACCCCGCGGGAGUGCCGGACCCGGGCCUGUACGCCAGCCUGCGCCACGGGUUGGUGGAGGUGCCGGGCAAGGCCGGGCGGCGCGAGAAGGCCCUGUCCUACCAGCCGGGCCCCCCCGAGGACAGGCCAGUCCCCGGGCCCCCCCCACCCUCCCCCUCCGGUCCCUCAGCCCCCGCCGGGCCCCGGGGCCGGCGUUCGGAGUCGCGCUACGUCAACGCGGGGGCCCGCCUGUGCGGGGCGGCCAUGUACGUGCCCGCCAAGCCUCUGCGGCGCAAGGGCCCGCUGGUCAAGCAGUCGAAGGUGGAGGACGAGCAACAGCAGGACAAGACUUGCUCCAUCCCCAUCCCCACCAUCAUCAUCAAGGCCCCGUCCACUAGCAGUAGUGGGCGCAGUAGCCAGGGCAGCAGCGUGGAGACUGAGGCAGGCCCCGAGCUGUCCCAGGCCCGAAACACCGUCGACUUCACCAGCCAGUUCGGCGCGGCGGUGGUGGGCGCGGCGCGGAGGGACAGGGAGCGCUACAUGGAGGCCCGGCACAAAUCCGCCAUAUUCCUGUCCACUGAUGGCACGGAGACCCAGACCCAGGCCCAGGCCCAGGCUGUGGCCUCCUCCCGCCUGCCCCACUCCAAAUCCAUCGACGAGGCCAUGUUCAACAACGCCGAGGCCUUUGUCAACAUCGUGGCCUCGUCGGGUCGAGGGCCGGCUCGGGCCUACGCCAAGUCUGUGGCCACGGGCAGCGCCUUCAAUGUCCUGCCCUCGGGCUAUGGUCAAAGGGGGGCCGCGGGCACCUUCAUCCACCCGCUCACGGGCAAGGUGCUCGACCCAGAGUCGCCCUUAGGCCUGGCCUUGGCUGCACGCCAGCGAUCGCUGCAGGACCAGCCCAGGCCUGAGGCCCAGGCCCAGAGCCAGACCCAGGCCCGCUACAAAGAGCCAGGCCUGCCCGAGGCCAACAAGGCCCCUGGGGGAGGGGCAGCGGGGGUCCCUCCCCUUCAUAGGCCCGAGCAGGCCCCCUCCAACCCCCCCGGCACCAAGGAGGCUCCUCUCCCCCCCAAGGAGAACCCCCACCCCCGUCCCCGCCCCCCCGCCACCACCCAGACCCUCCCCCUCACCUCCCUCCCCCCUCCCACCCUCUCCCUCGACACCGAGGAGGAGUUUGUCUUCAGCGACCCCCUGCCCCCUCCCCUCGAGUUCUCCAACAGCUUCGAGGGGCCCGAGGCCUCGCCCCCUCCUCCUCCACCCCCUCCGCCCCCUCCCCCUCCUCCUCCCCCUCCCCCCCCACCCCCCACCUCCCCUCCCCCCCCACCACCUCCCCUCCCUCCCCCCCCGGCCCCUGAGGCCCAGAGUCUGCCCACCCUCGACUCCACGGGCUCCAGCCUCACCUCCUACGACAGCGAGGUGGCCAACCUCACCCAGGCCCCUAAGGGCGAGGCUGGGGGCUGCCCCGAGCGGGGCCAGGCCGGGGCCCGAGUAGGGGGGGGAGGGGGGGGCUGCCCUUCCUCCGGGGGGAGCCCCCCAGAUGGGGUGGGGGACUCUGGGAUUGAGGAGGCGGACAGUCGGAGCGGGAGUGAGCAGCGAGUGGAGGCGGUCAGCAGUGCGUCCACUCUGUCCACUCUGUCCAGCCUCUCUGGCCUCUCCGGCCUCUCAACUGAGGGCAAUGGGCUGCUGGACACUUACAUCGCCUACCUGGAUGGCCACGUGUUAGGCCCGGAUAGGCCUGUGUUAGGCUCGGAUAGGCCUCUGUUAGGCCAGGAUAAGCCUGUAUUAGGCUCUGAUAGGCCUCUUUUAGGCCCGGAUAGGCCUGUGUUAGGCCCGGAUAGGCCUGUGUUAGGCCCGGAUAGGCCUGUGUUAGGCCCGGAUAGGCCUUUGUUAGGCCAGGAUAGGUCUGCAUUAGGCCAGGACAGACCUGGGGCCUACCCCAGCCACACUAGGCCCCGGCCCUCUCUCCCGGGUCGGCCCCCGCCCGCCAACCCCCCCUUCCUGCCCCCUCCCCCCCCCCAGUCCAUGGCCUCCACCCACUGGGACGAGGGCCCCCUGGUGCAGGCGGUGGGCCCGGCCAUGGUCCCGGGGCCCUGUAUGGCCUCUGUCAAGGCCAGCAUCAUCAGUGAACUCAGCAACAAACUCCAGCAAAUGAGUGGCGGCCCCUGGAGCAGCGGGGCCCCGACAGGGAAACCCCCCGCACUGCGGCACAGGCUCUCGGACGACUCGGGCCUGGGUCUCAGGGGUCAGUGCUGGCCAAAGUCGGGCCCCCACAGCCACCGGACACUGGAGUUCGAGAUGAAGUCGCCCACCCGCCGGUCCCCCAGCCCCUCCUUGGCCCAGGGGGAGGGGCGACCGGGCCCCCCCACCUCCACCCCCCGACCAUCCUCCCUGCCCAUCUUCCCCUCGGCCCUGGUGGGCGCCCCUCCCCCUCCCCCUCCCCCGGUGGGUGUGGGGUUCGAGCCGGCCCCGGGUAGCCGGGCCCACUCCCCGGUCGGGUUGGGGGGGUUCCAGUCCCCCCCGCCCGUGCCCCCCGACAAGCCGUUUGCCGCCAAGCCACUGGCCUUCUGGAGCAAGUUCGACGUGGCGGACUGGCUGGACUACCUGCGGCUCGGCGAACACAAGGACCACUUCUUGGACAACGAGAUCGACGGCAGCCACCUGCCCUCCCUGCAGAAGGAGGACUACGUGGAUCUGGGGGUCACCAGGGUGGGCCACCGCAUGAACAUUGAACGGGCCUUGAAGCAGCUGCUGGAGAGGUGAUCCCAGAUCCUGGAGGCUUCUCCCCCCCCCCCUCCCCCCCCCCCCCCCCCCCACCUCACCAGACCAACUCUACCCGAAGGAUGGCCAAUGUAUGAAGCCAGAAGCCAACAACCCCCACCCACCCCCCUCCCCCGCACUCUACGAUGGGCGGCCAACGGAACCAACACUUGAGAAGAUGCCAACACUAAGGGCGACCAAGACUCUUGGGUCAAGGGCGGCCAAGACUCUUGGGCAACUGAGAUGCCAGCAGGUUUGACCAAGAUCUUUGGACAGCAGCAACAUCAAUGCCAAUGUCAACGCCAAUGCCAAGGCCGCCCAAGACUCUUGCCAACUUGUAGACCCUGACGUGGGCUUGUGGACCUCCUGACGCCGUCUCUCUGCCAAGCCCCCAGUACGUACACAGCCCCGAGGGUCCCAGUUUUGUGUGUUUCCCCGACCCCCCCCCCCCCCCACACACCCCAGACCCUCAAAAAACCCCCUCAAGAGUAGAUCGCUAAACUCCCCCCCCACCCCCCCGACCUAUCACCCGAUGAAACACUGGCCCCCAAUUCCGUGCGCACACACAGCCCUGUAAAGGAGUGGCCUCCGCAUUCAGCUAUGUCCAGGAGUUUGGGCAGCUCAGAGAAGGUGCACUGGACAGACACCCUCGAUCGGCCAGUUAGUUGACCACACUACUAACUUGACCAGUUGGCUGUCCACAUUAGACCGCAGAUGGUAGACACACAAAAAGCUGGAGUAACUCAGCGGGACAGGUAGCGUCUCUGGAGAGAAGGAUUGCGUGACGUUUCGGGUCGAGACCUUUCUUCUGGUGACUGUGUUGGGUUGUUAGAUCUUCUACGUUGAGGGUCCUGGGUCGAACAUCUUGGGUCCUGUGGGGGAGGGAGGUGGGGGGGGGCAACAGUCUCCAUCCCCAGGAUCACUGUUCCAUGACCCCCUCCUUUACAGAGGGGGAGGGGUGAGGACGGUGAUGGAUUCGGGGAGACACCAGCAGGUCCAAGAGGCAUGUUGACCCCAACCCCCAGCCUCCCAGCUAAUGGGCAAUAGGUGCAGGAGGAGGCCAUUCGGCCCUUCGAGCCAGCACCGCCAUUCAAUGUGAUCAUGGCUGAGAUGGUGGAGUUCAGGAGGCUCUUAGAUGGGUACGUGGAUACUGAGGGAUAUGGACCACAGGCCGAGGAGAUCAAUUUACCUUGCAUCACGCUCAGCAUGGACAUUGUGGGCCGAAGGGCCUCUUCCUGUGCUGUACUGUGUGCAGGAAGGAACUGCAGAUGUUGGUCCAGACCUCAGUUGGAAACAAAGUGCUGGAGUAACUCAGCGGGUCAGGCAGCAUCUCCGGAGUAAAGGGACAGGUGACGUUUCUUCAGACCAGGUGAGCUCCCAGGUAAACUUGGACAAUUCCCAAAAGAGGGUCGAUCCGAAAUGCUGGAGCAUCUUCUAUCCCCCUCCAUCCCCUUCCCUCCCCUCACCAAUCUAAAUUCCAUUCACCACACCCCAAGACCCCCUGCCCUGUUCAUCACGCCCCUGCGUGGAAACAGGCCCUUCGGCCCAUCGAGACCAUGCCGGCCACCGAUCACUCGUUCAUACUGGUUCAAUGUUAUCCCACUUUCUCAUCUGCUCCC